UCCGAGCUGUUAUCUUGCCUGUUUGUCGUAGUAAGAUGGCUGCGGUGUCGGGGAAUAGAGGUAUCGAUAUUAGCCUCGCAGCCUUACAAAGGCAGGAUCCGUAUAUUUUUCGUAUAGUGGAUGUGGCUAGUCAGGUCGCGCUAUACACCUUCAGUCAGAGAGACAAUGAAUGGGAGAAGACUGACGUCGAAGGGACCUUAUUUAUUUAUGCAAGAUCUGCUUCUCCAAGGCAUGGCUUUACCAUCAUGAAUAGACUUAAUGUGGAGAAUAGGACUGAACCAAUUACCAAGGAUUUGGACUUUCAAUUACAAGACCCUUUUCUACUCUAUAGAAAUGCACAACUGUCAAUCUAUGGGAUCUGGUUCUAUGAUGAGGUGGAGUGUCAAAGAGUUGCAGAGCUUAUGAAGAACUUAACGCAGCUGGAGCAACUGAAGGCCCAGCAAGAAGUUGGAUCACCAAUCCCUAGUCAAAAGGAAACUGUGGACAUUGUGCAGAUGCUGUUCAAGGCUGAACAUGAAUAUAACAAGAUCAAACUGUCCUCUGAGCCAAAACAGAUGACUAGUUCUAAUUUGAUUCGCAACAGUUCAAAUUUGAUCAAGCCAAUUCCAAUUAAAUUGACUGACUUUGGAGCAGACACUCAUUCCCAACAAGUACAACAGCAGAACAAGAACACAGAAUUGGGAACAAAGCAUUUGAAUUUGGCGGCCUUGUUUGGUACACAAGAAAAAUCUUUAACUAAUGUGCCAGAUGAAACACAGGAAUUCAAGAAUAAAGUUUCCAGUCGGCCAGCUGUUGUGCGUUCUUUGUCAUAUGAGGAACCCAGAAAACUGCUAGAGACUGAAAUUUCCCAAAGUGUCAAAAAACAGUUUUGUCCUGCUAUUCAGAAACUAAUGAGUUGUGGAGUUGAGCUGCAUCCAGUAUGUGAGUUACCUGAAAAUCAUCUUUGUGAAAAAAGUACAGAAGAAACAUUAGCAGGACUGUUCCACUCACAAUCCUCAACAAGAAAUGUCUCUUUACAGCAAAACUGCUUGGAUGAACCCAAUUCCUUAUUCUCCAAAGAUACUAACAAGUUCCUUCAGAAGCUACAUUGUACCCAGACAUCAAUUCAUACAUCAUCUCCAACUGUUAUACACUCCGACCUUCUCUUCAGCAGAUCUCAAAGUGGUUCCCAGAUGCACCCUGUUUCACGGCCUCAGUCUGCCUAUCUCAGCUCCAACCUACAAGUGCAAUCUGAAAUGCACCAUGUUCCAGCAAUAGACAAGUCCAAGAGUACUCUUUCCUCAAAAGGUUGUAGUAAUCAAAUACAAACCUCUGUUUUCAUACCCCAUCGUGAAUUGUUUCAGAAGCUGCGGAUAGUUCAUGAGGAUCAGCAGCCUCCUGCUGGAAAAAUGACUCUUGCAGCCAAGUUUUCAGCUCAGCUGCCACCGUUAGUCAAUCAGCGUAAUUCUACAGUAAAAGAUUUUGAUUCUCAAACUGAAAAAUCCAUCAGUUCAGAAAAAACAAACCUACUUAUUCAGGCAAUCUCCCCACGACGUAUUCCAGCUACAGUUGUACCGUCUCUUUUGAUGUCGCCCACAGUGUUCACUCAGGCUUUGGUGGGAAAGCCAAUGAUGGGAGUAGAAGCAAGUGCCAUACUUUCACCACAGACAGACACCAUUGUGACUCCUAAACAGCUGCACAGUGGUUUGCAUUCACCUGCACAGAUAGCAGAGCUGACUAAUAAAAAAACACAUGUCCUUACCAAGAUUCAGUUACAAGAAACUCUUUUGUAUCUUUUGCAGAACGAUCCCAACUUUGUGAAUGCCAUUUAUGAAGCUUAUCUCACAGGCCAGUCAAACACCUCAGCAGAGAGGAAAACCUGAAUGUUUGAUGCAAGAUGUAUAAGUAGAUCUAAUUUAGUGGAAGUAAUCAGAUGGUUCACACCUCUAAAAUAAUUAUUCUGUACUUAUUUUGUAAGUUUUUUUUUAGUUUUGAAAUUGUUUGCUUUGAGUAAAAUGGCUUAAAGGCUACCGUUCACACUGGAUAACUUUUACUGCUGCUCAGGCUACUUUUAAGCUGUUUUAAGAUUGAGAUCAGUUAAAAGGGGGUUGCGUUAUCUGAAUGAAUUUUAUCUAAAGACUACUUCUGUUUCCUUGGAAAUUAAUAUUGUGAUUUUUUUAUUGUUUCAGCAAAAUAAAAACUCAAUACUAGUCUGCCAUUUGAAUUACCAGCAACUUGUCACCCAUGUUCAAAAAUAAAUAUUGGUAAAGCAAAACUCACUUUUAUUUGCCUGUCAAAAAAAUUACAGCACUGCCUUUGUUGUUAUCUUUCCCAUUACCCCUUCAGAUUCUGGUAUAUGAAUUCUUAAUAAAGGUCUUCAUGUAGGCAAUUCUUAUUGUUUAAAAAAAGCCUAAUUUUAUUUGAUCUGGAAGGAAACUUGUUACAAAUAGGAUUGGUUAUCCAAAAUGCCAAAAUGACCGUGCACAGAUGCAUCUGGGAUGCCACCUGAUUGUGAUAGGUGGCAGGAGGUUUCUGCUUGCACAUGUACUGAUGUCAUCAGGAUGGCAGCGAGGGAGCUGGGAAGACAGGGGAAUGGUAGGAUUGGGAGGAAUGAAGAUAUGGAGCUUUGUUUCCCAAGUGUCUGGUAAAAUGUCAGUCUAUGUUUUUAAAAACCCCUCUAUUAACAAAAUCUCAUCCUCACUUUCCCAUAUUCAGAUAGGAAUUGACUGAAACUCUGUCACUAAAAUGGCAGCUGGAUUAACCGCAAUCAUGCUGUUUGUCAUUUUUAUAAAUGACCUGGAUGAGGGCGUAGAAGGAUGGGUUAGUAAAUUUGCAGACGACACUAAGGUCGGUGGAGUUGUGGAUAGUGACGAAGGAUGCUGUAGGUUUCAGAAAGACAUAGAUAAGCUGCAGAGCUGGGCUGAGAGAUGGCAAAUGGAGUUUAAUGCAGACAAGUGUGAGGUGAUGCACUUUGGUAGGAGUAACCGGAAGGCAAAGUAUGGGCUAAUGGUAAGAUUCUUAGUAGUGUAGAUGAGCAGAGAGAUCUCGGUGUCCAUGUACACAGAUCCUUGAAAGUUGCCACCCAGGUUGA